AUUUUUUAAACAUUUCAGAAACAGAAACAUAAAGAUUGUGAGAUUAGAAUCGAAGAAAGAAGACGAACAUGGAAAGAAGCAAAUGUAUGGAAAUGGAAGGAGAAAUGAAGAACAUGAUCAAGGUAUGGGUUUCAGUCCUAAUCUCACUUUCUUACUGUUAUUUCAUUUCUUCAAAGCUACCCAAAGGAAUGUUCAGAUUUCUGUCACUCUCACCUGUGUUGUACCAAUUCUCCAUGCUACCUCUUCAAUUCACCACUGUCCUACCGACAGGUGUCACUGCCUUGUUCAUCACUUGGCUCACCAACUCCAAACUUCUCCUCUUCGCUUUCGAUUUGGGACCUCUUCCUUCAAACUCCAACUCCCUCCUUCGCUUCAUCUCCUUUGCAUCUCUCCCAAUCAGACAAACCCUAAAAACCAAAUCAAAUUCAAAUCUCACUUCUCAUCCCAUUUUUCUCCCAAUCAAGACCUUCCUUUUUCUACUCUUUCUCUUACCCAUCAAACAAAAACUUCACCCUGCACUUGUUCUUUCCAGCUAUUGCGCCAUUGUCUAUCUUCUUGUCGAUAUUGCUAUGGGACUCUGCAACAUUCUCGUCGACGCCACGUUUUCCGUUGAGCUACAGUUACCGUCCGAUGACCCUUAUCUCUCAACCUCGCUGCGUGAUUUCUGGGGGAGAAGGUGGAACCUCAUAGUAACGCAUACGCUGCGACACACCGUAUACAAUCCCGUCAGAUCGCUACUGAGAAAUACCGUAUUGGGCCCCCAGUGGGCCUCGGUGUUCGGCGUCAUGGCAUCUUUCUUGGUGUCUGGGUUGAUGCACGAGCUUCUAUUCUACUACGUCACACGUGUCUCUCCCACGUGGGAGGUUACGUCCUUCUUUCUGCUCCACGGGGUUUGCGUGGUUGCGGAGUUUGGUGCGGUGAAGUGGUUGGGCCAUAAAUGUAGACUGCAUUGGGCCGUUUCCGGACCCAUUACUGUGGGGUUCGUGAUCACCACCGCCGCGUGGCUCUUCUUUCCACCGUUGAUGCGUACUGGCACGGGCGAGAGAUCCAUCAGGGAGUUCAGCGACGUUGUUGAGUGUGUUAUGGGAAUAUUUUACUAGUCCCAGUGUAACUUAUUAAUUUUAAUUUCAUUUGAACUUAUUAAUUUUAAGUUUGAUGUAAAACAGUAAAAGAUUUAGUUUAAUAGCAAUUUACGUAUACGGAUUAAAGAGUAUUUAGUAUAACAUAUUAAAUGAUCUCAUUUAUUUUAAAUAUUAGGAUAUUGAAUAUGUUUGUUUC